AUGUUCUCCACGAUCUUCGCUGUUCUCCCCUUCGCCCUCCUCGCUCUCGCCGACGGAAACGGACAGUGCGCAACCGGCACCCUCUCGUGCUGUGACAACCACUUGUCUGCCCACGAUGCUCAGGGACCUCUCGGUCAGCUCGGCCUCGGUGAUCUGCUGAACGGCGUGACCGGCAACGUCGGCGUCAACUGCAACCCCAUCACCGUCAUCGGCACGGGCCAGGGCGCCACCUGCACGAACGAACCUGUGUGCUGCGACCACAACAACUAUAAUGGGCUCCUCAACCUUGGCUGCUCGCCCGUCAACGUUGCCGCCUAA